UGUGUGCGAUUGGAAAAAAAAAAAGGGGAAACGGCGAAGGAGAACUGUCCUUUUCUGAAGAGGAAAAAGAGAGGAGAGGAAAAGAAGAAAAGGAAGAAGAAGCAAGAGAGGAAGAGAAGAAAGGAAAGUAAACGUACGUCAAAUUUGGAUUGGGUGACUCGAAUCCCUUGCGAUUGCUUUUUUUUUUUGGGUGAAAACUCUGCUGCUUAGGUAGAACUAGAGAGGACGAACACGUUUAAAGCUUGGAAAAUUGUUGGGCCGAGCGUUCAGCUUUGGAUUCAAGCUUCAAUCACAAAGUUCAUUCAUGCCCUUCUCUUCUUAUCAACUAAACUACCUACAAAAUCAAAUCAAAAAAUUUGGGUGCUCUUGAAACAAACUGUGGAGCUCAACAGGAGACUAAAUUGCACUCAAUAAUAGGUGUAGGUGAAGGAGGAAUAGGAAGUGUUGGAAGUGGAGCAGCAGCAUGGACAAUAUCUUCGUAUGGCUGGUGUCAUUCUUCUUCGUUAUUGCACUGCUCAUCCUCAUUGUUUACCAGCUCAUGUGCUUAGCAGAUCUAGAGUUCGAUUAUAUCAACCCUUAUGACUCCUCGUCUCGGAUAAACCAAGUGAUUUUACCAGAAUUUAUCACUCAAGGGGUUUUAUCUGUCUUCUUUCUCAUAACAGGUCAUUGGAUUAUGACACUGUUUUGUGCUCCAUACCUCUACUAUAAUGUGAGACUUUACACACAAAGACAGCACUUGGUAGAUGUAACUGAGAUAUUCAACUUGCUCCAUUGGGAAAAGAAACAACGGCUUUUCAAACUUGCGUAUCUUAUCGUUCUCCUUGUUCUCAACAUAUUCUGGAUGAUCUGGUGUGCAUUGGAAGAUCAUGGUGAUUGAUCGAGGACAAUUGUUUAACACGAGUUAAGUUGUUGUCUUGUAAGAUUGGAAUAGGCUGUCUCAUUUUAGCAUUGGGGUUGUUGUUAGCCUGGUGUUCAACUUUGGUGUCUUUUGUUGAUUCAUUUUAGUUGCAGGUAGCUUUUUUUCUUCUUUUUAGCCAUUAAACUAUUGUGGCAUUUAACAACUUGCCGAUUUGAUUCAUUGAUGGUUGGCAAGCCUCAGUUUGACUCAUGGAGCUAGUUUGGCUUAGUAAAAUGUGACCCAUCAAUGUAAUAUUUAUUCAACUUUAAUUUUCUCAGGACCAACAAAAAGCAAAACUUUGAUGUA